AUGCCCCAGUCCAUCGGAAAGUUGGAAUCAUUGACCGAGCUGCAUUUAAAAUCUACAGCAUUUGAAGAAUUGCCUGAAUUUAUCGGUUCUUUAAACAAGCUCAAGACUCUUGAUGCCUCUUAUUGUGCAUCAUUAGCCCGCAUACCAAGCUCCAUAUGCCAUCUCGCAUCUCUGUCUCGCCUUAACCUAAGGGGGUGCGAUAAACUUGCUCAACUUCCCGACAGCAUAGGCUCCCUCACAUCACUGAAGCACUUGUUAUUAUCGGAAUGCCACUCGUUGAGAGAAUUGCCAGACUCCAUCGGAAAUUUGGAAUCUUUGAUCGGGUUGGGUUUAAACUCUACAUCAUUUGAAGAAUUGCCCGAAUUUAUUGGUUCUUUGAAGAAGCUCAAGUUUCUUGAUGCCUCUUAUUGUGCAUCAUUAGUCCACAUAGCAAUCUCCAUAAGCCAUCUAGCAUCUCUGUCUUUACUUAACCUAAGGGGGUGCGAUAAACUUGGUCAACUUCCAGACACAAUAGGCUCUCUCACAUCGCUGCAGAGAUUGUUAUUAUUGGAAUGCCACUUAUUGAGAGAAAUGCCAGACUCCAUCGGAAAGUUAAAAUCAUUGACUGAGCUGCAUUUAAAAUCUACACCGUUUGAAGAAUUGCCUGAAUUUAUCGGUUCUUUAAAGAAGCUCAAGACUCUUAAUGCCUCUUAUUGUGCAUCAUUAGCCUGCAUACCAAGCUCCAUAUGCCAUCUAGCAUCUCUGUCUCUCCUUGACCUAAGGGGGUGUGAUAAACUUGCUCAACUUCCGGACACAAUAGGCUCCUUCACAUCGCUGCAGAGCUUGCUAUUAUCGGAAUGCCACUCGUUGAGAGAAAUGCCAGACUCCAUCGGAAAGUUGGAAUCAUUGACCGAGCUGCAUUUAGAAUCUACAUCAUUUGAAGAAUUGCCCGAAUUUAUUGGUUCUUUAAAGAAGCUCAAGACUCUUGAUUCCUCUUCUUGUGCAUCAUUAGCCCGCAUCCAUAGGACAUCUAGCAUCUUUGUCUCUCCUUGA